GAUAGCGAAUCCUAGCCGUCCAUCAUCUAAUCUCCCCCCUGUUGAUCUAACAAUAUAAUAAAUAGAUAACCACCACAUCUUCGUUCAAACUUUUCAUUCGCCCCUCUUUCUCAGCUUUGUAUUUUCUCAGCGAUUCAAACAGAUGGCUCGUACUAAGCAAACUGCUCGCAAGUCCACUGGAGGAAAGGCACCAAGGAAGCAACUGGCUACCAAGGCAGCUAGGAAGUCUGCACCAACCACUGGUGGAGUGAAGAAGCCCCACAGAUACCGCCCUGGAACUGUUGCUCUGCGUGAAAUUCGCAAGUACCAGAAGAGCACUGAGCUGUUGAUCAGGAAAUUGCCUUUCCAGAGGCUUGUGCGUGAGAUUGCUCAGGACUUUAAGACUGAUCUUCGUUUCCAGAGCCAUGCAGUGCUAGCUUUACAGGAAGCUGCGGAGGCAUACCUUGUGGGUCUUUUCGAAGAUACCAACUUGUGUGCCAUCCAUGCUAAGAGGGUGACAAUCAUGCCAAAGGACAUCCAGCUAGCUAGGAGGAUCCGCGGGGAGCGUGCUUAAGGUGCUCUGCCGGAUGAUUUGGGGGCAUGGGGUGGUGGUGUUUGUGUUCUGUUUUAAGUUGGUAGAUAUGGGUAGCGUGGUGGUAAUACCUCCUUGGUUAUACCUUUAGUUAAGAACUUAAGAUGUAGCUCUGCUGAUGAUUUUAUUUCUAGGAUAUGUUUUCUCUGGUCCCUAUUCGGUGGCUUGUUUGUGGGAACCCUGUAUUGUAUGUUUUUACAUAACAAUCUUUUAUAUUAACUGCUGGUUUGAAUUUGUUAGUACUA